AUGACUGGAUACACAGCACUCUUGUUAAUCGCUACCUUCAAUCUGGUAUUAUGCUGUGAAUUUCCAAAUGGAACAGAAACUGCAAUGCAUUGGUGGGACUGUGGCGAUGGACAUGUCAACCUUUACAGCGCAACACCACUGGAUGAAAAUGGAAACUAUGUGUAUCCGGUCUAUCUCUAUAAGCGCACACUGGUAGCUAUUGAGUUGGAGAACACAGAUCAUGAAUUUACGGAUAGCGAAAACUUGAUACUGGAUGUCAGAGUUUUUCGGUAUGGAGGUUGGGAAACAUGUUAUUGGAUUGAGAUACCCACUUUCGGAAUGCUUGCCAACCGGCCAGCGUGUUCAAGCGGAAUUGCCUGCCCAGUACCAGUCGGAAGGCAAACACAAACCAUCUACAUCGACUUUGACCACUACACUACCAUUACGAAUAUCCUGCCGAACGACGCUCCUUAUCAACUUGAAUACAGGGUCACAAACAAGGCCAAUGGCAGAAAAGCUUGCAUUACAUUCCAAGCUAGAGCUUACACUAAACCAUAG